AUGACUGUUGACGAACUGGUGAAAACUCGCCUGAAACAGCAGAGGGGUGCAGAGCACAACCGCACUCAAACCGGGGUCAGCAGCGAAUUGACAGUGGCUUCAUCAGGCGGCUGCGGCACUGUCAGGAGCCAUGAACAAGAGUGCUUUAACCCAGAGGAGUGUUGCAAGUACACAAUGUUCUCGUCAGAAUUCAACGCUUGUUGUGCUGAACACGGCUGCUGCCCCAUUGAUUGCAGAUCCCAUACUGCAGAUGCUGCGGACUCCCAAUUGACCCAGUGUGGUGCCUGGGCUUGCUGCCGCUUCCAAGAAAAUUCCCCGGAAUUUGAACAGUGCUGUUCGGAACAUGGCUGCUGCCCGCUUUGCAGUAGGGUACCUUCAGGUUGCGGCUUUAACAUGCUCAUGUAUAAGUUGGGGCCAGUCAGUGAAGGUGUUCAAAGGGGAUGUGCGCUGAGCGGUGUGUGGAGCAAGACUGUUACUGAAGAACCCUUCUUAACUGCAGAAAUUGUUCCGUCAGGGUGCCACAACGCAUGCCAUUGUAACCUGUUUAAUGGUUUGCUCAAGAACGUGAUAGCUGUGAAGGAAUAUACAGGAUAA